GUGGCCUCUUUUAUGUCCUUGAACUUUGUAUAUGUUCCAUUUUCCAUUAAAUUCGGAUUCAAGAUUUCCAUUUUUCGCCUUGAUUCUAAUAUACUCCAUGAGAGUUAGCUUUGCAACGCGAAGAAGUUUUCUUGAUCUACCUGUCACGUGCUUACUCGCCCAUGUCUUUCGCACACACAAUGGCUCAGACCACUCAUAUACUCGCCACAAAAAGGCCACAGGAUUUCCGGCUAUAUGCCUCUGCAACUGCUGAAAAAAAUUGCAUCAUCAGCAACAGAUUACCUUACUCUGGGAGCUCAACAAUUUUAACUGUUGGCAAUGGACAUUCUCUGUCUCUUUCGGUUCAUGUAUUGCCCAUUUGCCGCAACAAUAAUAGGAGCAGGAUUUACAACAGCAAAAUUGAUCCCACAUAUUACACGCAAGAGUUCCGAGAAAGAAGCAGUGCAAAUGAGAUUUAUGAAGAGAUAAAAAAAUGCUAUCAGCUUGUUCAUAGACUUGGAAGAGGAGUGGUGUACCUCGGUUCUUCAAGAACAAAAGAAGACCAUCCCCACUUUUUGCAGGCUAUGGAGCUUGGAAGAGAGACAGCAGAUCUUUUAGGGUGCACUUCAUGGACAGGAGCUGGACCGGGAUUGAUGGAUGCAGUUACCAAGGGCGCACUAAAGGCAGAGAAACCAGUUGGAGGACUUAAAAUUGCACAAGAAGCUGGAGAGUGGACAAGCUCCAACUUUCAUCCUUAUCUUCCUUCAGAGACAUAUCUCACAUGCAGAUUCUUUUCAGCACGAAAGCAUGGAUUAGUUGAUGCAGCCAUGAGAAACAAUCUUGUAGACCAUACAGCGAUUAUUGGUUUACCGGGGGGUAUAGGUAGCUUAGAUGAGAUUUUUGAGAUCCUGACACUUUUCCAACUGGAAAGAAUUGGGUCAAAGUACCCUGUUCCAUUCAUAUUGAUAAGUUAUGAUGGAUUCUAUUCCAAACUUCUGGACUUCCUUGAUAGUUGUAAGCAGUGGGGCACUGUUUCUGAUGGGGAAGUUGAUUCCUUGUGGAAAGUGUGUAAAUGUAACUUAGAAGCCCUUGAAUAUCUAGCAGAUUUUUAUAAUAUUCAUGAGGAUAAAAGGAAGUUUAGAGGUAGAUUAGAAGAAUCUUAUGCAAAAGGUGAUUAAAUCCAAAGUAUACUCCAACAAUUUUUGUUAUGGGGUAGUUUCUUGUGUUCCAAAUGAUCAAUGAUCAUGUGAUUAUCAGUUACUGACAAGAACACUCACGAUUUAGUAUUAGAUCUGCUAGUGAUUCCAUUCGCUACUUAAACUAAUGCUACUUUUGUCCGUUAUACUUACCUCUUAGAGAAGCAAUGUGUACGAAAAUGAGACUAUGAGUAUCCAGAUCACAUU